GCAGACGUCCUCACAUUCUGUUGAUAAAAUUUAUAUAUAUAUUUUUACGUUAGAGACGUUGUUGCGGAUGACUCAGUGAGGUAAGCUAUUGAAUAAUAGGCGAUCGGAAAGAUGACAAUCAGAAAUAUCAUUGAUCAUGGGCAGCGUUACCGACCACGGAUGGCCUGUUUGAAGAAGGUAGAGGCUGUUGUAAUAGAGAUGCAGGACCCGAAAAAUGGAGUGAAAUCCCAGACCCAAAGGCUGGUCAUCACCACUAUUCCACACGCCAUCACUGGAGAAGACAUUGUGGCAUGGAUCGCCGAUUGCUUCAAAGUGGCUUCUGCGGAGGCCCAGGGCAUUGGUACCAUGAUGGUGGCAUUUGGAUACAUCUAUCCCCUUCAGGACCACAAGAAGCUUAUUAUCAAACCUGAUACAAGUCUAUAUCGUUUCCAGACUCCAUACUUCUGGCCUGCACAGCAGUGGCCAGCUGAAGACACAGACUAUGCAAUCUACUUGGCCAAAAGAAACAUUCGCAAGAAGGGAAUGCUGGAAUUGUAUGAACAGGAGCACUAUAACUCCCUUCACAAAUGGAUGAACCACAAAUGGGAUUUCAUUGUGAUGCAGGCAAAGGAGCAGUACCGGGCGGGGAAAGAGAGAAAGAAGCCUGACCGUGUGGUGUUUGACUGCCAGGAGAGAGCCUACUGGGUGGUACAUAGACCUCCGCCAGGAACUAUCAGUGCCAUGGACUAUGGAAUCGACCGCCUAAUCGACCCCAAUGCUGAUGAGGUAACAGAGAAAAAAACACAUGACUACUAUAGAAGAAUCAUUAUUUACACUCAACAGUCCAUUAUGAGGUCAAGGGUCAAAUCAUCAGUGUCUGUUGGAGGCAUUGUAAAAUACAUGACCACAUACAAGAACCACGACCCUUUCCUUGCCCCAUGUCUUCCUAGCAACCCUUGGUUAACGGAUGAUGUCACCUACUGGGACCUUAAUAUGCCAAAUGUGGAAAUAGCCACCAAGAUGAGAGUGGAGCGCUGGACCUUCGGCUUUGGAGAGCUGCUCAGUGACCCCCGCGGACGUGCAGAUUUCCGACUCUUCCUGAAAAAGGAGUUCAGUGGAGAAAAUCUGGCCUUCUGGGAAACUUGCGAAGACUUGAAGUGGGGUGCUGCAGCAACUAUGAAGGAAAAAGCCCAGCAGAUUUACAAAACCUUUCUGGCCCCUGGAGCCCCACGCUGGAUCAACAUUGAUGGCAAGACCAUGGAAAUCACUGUGAAAGGCUUGGUGCACCCACAUCGCUACGUGCUGGAUGCUGCCCAGACACACAUUUACAUGCUCAUGAAAAAGGAUUCGUUUGGCCGGUACAUGAAGUCUCCUGUAUUCAAGGAAACACAGAGAAAGGCUAUUUGUCCUGAGGCUCAUAGAUUUAGCGAUGCGCAGCUGGAGCAGAACGCGCGGAGGCGCACAAGGAAGGCCAGUCUCAGCCCACUGGUGGUGCGGCAGCAGGAGCAGGAGGAGAAGGCCAGGCUGGCCGCCAGCGGGCCUGUGGACAUAACUCAGCUGUGUAAGUUCACUGCCCCUGUUCCACACCUGGCGGUGUACACAGGCAUCUGUGAGACCCAUCAGGCCAGGGAACUGCUGCCCCCCUCCCCAGGGUUCAUCACCCUGCCCAACAGCGCCGCCUGCCCCUCGCCCAUCAGCGUGGCCAUCGACAGCACCCCCGCCUCCGAGCGGAAGUUCGAGGGCCACGGGGCCUCCGCCUCGGCGCCCUUCCCCUCCAUCGCCGAGAGCGCCGAGGUGUCUGUGGAGUCCAGCUCCAGCGCGGCGGCCCGGGGGCCGGAGGAGCCACGGCCGCCCCUGCCCAGAUCCCGAAUGGCGCUGUCGCUCGGCCGCUUCCUGAGGAGGGGCUGCGGCAGCUCGUCCGUGUUUGCCAGCCUCUCGCCCAAGUGCCCCAACGCCGUGGGCAGCCGCGUCCAGCCCCUCGGACACGACCCCCACGCACAGCCCCAGCCCAAACGCAUCGCCAACUUUUUUCAGAUAAAAGUAGACAUCCCCCCUGAGUGCCGGAUCUACCCCAUUGACUCUGAGGAUGAGGAGGAGGAGUGUCCGAAUGUAGCCACAGGUGCCGUCAAAGAGAUUAUCUGUCCCUGGGAGACAGUCACCAAACAAGGCCAGGCAGGAUGAUCCCUUAAAUGGGCAGUAGGGGGCACUAGAGGAAAACGUAUGAUGUGAGUGGACAGCUUUGCUCAUUGUGCAUUUCUAUUUCAGCUCACACAAACUGUAAUGGCACCACAAAGAUUAUGGGUGUUGAAUAGAAUUAGUCCAAUUCUUUUGUUAUGUUUUAUACUAGUCUAACAGUAUUGCCUAAUCUGUGCCUGUUUUCUCUUUUAUAACUGAAAUAAAUCAUAACCACGCUGACGUAUUUUCCAGAAAACAUUUUCUGUCUCUUUUACCAUUAGUUGCCUGUUGAUUACUGGGAGUUUACAUGGAACAUUUAUGUAGUAAAAGUGUGACUUUAUACACUGAAUAGAAGUGUAUAAGGUUUCUUCCUGCUAGAUACAGUGGUAGCAUAAAUUAAGAUUUUGUAUAUGGCUUGUUUACUGUUUUUAUAUGGUUAUCUUAGACCCCUGCUGAGUAACUUUAAGAGUAAAGUGAUAUUUUUUAAUAAAUGUAUUUCAUAUGAGAUGAUACCUACAUGAAACAUUAAGUAUACUGUCAGAAUGUAAAACCUUUAAAAUGUUUACAGAUUAAAGAAUGUGAAAAUGUUAUUAUUAUUUAAACACUUAUACAUUCCUUAUAUUGGACUUGUGAAAGUGCCUCAAUAAACCAUUAAAAUGUGGUGUGUGAAACCUGCUCAAGCUAGAAUGGGUGAAGUGUCAUAUUCUAUUAUGCUUCUGGAAUAGUAAAAUAAUCACACUUCACACUUCAAUAAAUAAAUUAUUGACCAGUC